AUUUCCUACCACUCUCCACACUUGACAUUAAGUAACUCCAAACCACCUCGUUCCCCUCUCUCUUCCUCAAAUGGGAACCCACUUGAUGACCAGCCUCUUCUUACCCAUCUUAUGCCUUGCAGCUCAUAACCAAGCCUCAUGGCACCUCCUCUUCCUUCUCUUCACUCUCUCUUUCGUUCUACCACUCUUCUUGACUACCUGGCUCGUGCCUGGUGGCUUUGCAUGGCACAAGUACUCGGGGAACGCUCCGAUAGCCCCCGGCCCAAUCGGGUGGCCGUUGCUCGGCAGCCUCCCUCUCAUGGGGCCUCUUGCACACCGCAAGUUAUCGAACCUAUCGAAGUCCCACCAUGCGCGCCGUCUCAUGGCCCUCAGCUUUGGUGCAACGCCGGUGGUGAUCAGCAGCCACCCUGACACUGCUCGGGAGAUCCUAUGCAGCGCAGCAUUCUCCGACCGGCCGACGAAGCUAUCAGCCAGGCUCCUCAUGUUCGAGCGGGCCAUCGGGUUCGCCCCCUCCGGCGAUUACUGGCGGCGCCUCCGUCGCAUCGCCGCCACCAACAUGUUCUCCCCUCGGAGGAUUGCAGCUCUCGAGAGCCUGCGGCACCGAGUGGCCGACGACAUGAUACGUAGAGUGUCCGAAGAGAUGGAGAGGACGGGGAUGGUGGUUCUGAGGGGAGUGCUGCAGAAGGGCUCCUUGGAGAGUAUUGUGGGGAGUUUGUUUGGAAAAAUCUCGCUCAGGGAAGUGGAGGGGAAGGAGUUGAUAGAGAUGGUUAAGGAAGGGUACGAGUUGAUAGGGAAGUUUAACUUGGAGGAUUAUUUUUCCUUAGGUGGCCUGUUGGAUUUCUUUGGGGUGGGAAGAAGGUGCAAGCAUUUGAGUGCUAGGGUUAAAGCUCUCAUGGGUAAAAUUAUAGGAGAGAGGAGAAGACAGGGUGACUUCUCUGAGCAAGAUGACUUUCUAAGCUUGCUGCUUGCUUUGCCGAAGGAAGAGAGACUUAGUGAUUCAGAUAUAAUAGCGGUUCUUUGGGAAAUGAUAUUUCGGGGAACAGAUGUAGUUGCCAUCCUCCUGGAAUGGAUCAUGGCAAGAAUGGUUCUACACCCCAGCAUCCAAGCCAAGGCGCAACAAGAACUCGACGCCUUCGUCGGCGGCCGACCGGUGCAAGAUUCUGACAUGCCGAAUCUCCAGUAUCUUCGAGCCAUCGUCAAGGAGGUCCUACGAUUGCACCCACCUGGCCCACUCCUCUCAUGGGCGAGGCUGGCCGUCCGGGAUGUCUAUGUGGACAAGUUCUUCAUUCCAGCAGGGACGACGGCCAUGGUGAAUAUGUGGGCGAUCACCCAUGACGGGACCGUAUGGAAGGAUCCGUGGGCCUUUCGACCUGAGCGGUUCCUCCAGGAGGACGUGAGCAUUCUAGGUUCGGACCUGAGGCUCUCGCCGUUUGGGUCCGGCCGGAGGGUGUGCCCCGGGAGGGCUCUGGGCUUGUCCACGGUGCACUUGUGGCUCGCACGUCUUCUGCAGCAAUACAAUUGGACUGCCGCCGGCCGGCCUGUGCAGCUGUCCGCGGAGUGCCUGCGCCUUUCGCUUGAGAUGAAGAAGCCAUUGGUUUGUCGAGCUUCCCUGCGAGAUCUUGCAGUGGAAGCAAAGCAGGCUUGAUCUCUUCUUGUAGGAAUAUAAUUGAGAUGGAGCUGCAUGAUGUGUUUUCUUGUAUUUACUGUCCAAAGUGGUAUUUGAACUAGGUUUUCUGGUGAGAGUCUUAAACCUGAAUAAUGUAUAGACUCCUAUAACCUAGCAAGUGAUAUAGGGAAUGGGUAGCUAAGAUGCAUCAUUCUCUUGUUUGUAUUUGCUAUAGUGUAGCUUUCUCUCCAUGUAUAGGGAAUGAAUAACCAAGGUGCAUCCUUCUCUUGUUCAUA